CAGUUAAUUUUUAUGUGUGUGGAUUUUUUAGCAUCUUCUAUAUAUAAAAUCAUGUUAUCUUCAACUAGAGACAGUUAUUGCUCUUUUCUAAUGCGUAUGCUUUUUCUUUUAUAUUCUUGCUUAAUUGCCCUAAACCUCCAGUACAAUAUUGAAUAGAAGUGACCACCUUUUUUUUCCUUUUUUUAAAGAAGUAGCCCUCUUCUAUUUUUUUUUAAUAUUUUAUUUAUUUAUUUGAUAGACAGAAAUCACAAGUAGGCAGAGAGGCAGGCAGAGAGAGAGAGAGUGAAGGAAGCCGUCUUCCCGCUGAGCAGAGAGUCCGAUGUGGGGCUUGAUCCCAGGACCCUGAGAUCAUGACCUGAGCCAAAGGCAGAGGCUUUAACCCACUGAGCCACCCAGGUGCCCCUGAAGUAUCCCUCUUUUAACAAACUAAUGGUUACCAGAGAGGAGGGGAAUGGGGGAUGGGGGAAAUGGUGAUGGCAUUAAGGAAUACAUUUGCUGGAUAAGCACCAGGUGUUGUAUGGAAGUGUGGAAUCAGUGUAUUGUACACCUAAAGCUAAUAUUAUAUCAUAUGUUAACCAAAUAGAAUUUUAAUAAAAACUUUUUAAAAAGGUGUUUUUGUUUUGUUUUGUUUUGUUUUUUGGUGGACUCAAGAUGGAGGAAUAUAUGUGAGAGCCUUGUCCUCGCGAAUUGUGGAUGACUGUGGGGGGGCUCUUUAUCAUGGAUACCACAGUUGGUGGUAUCUUUCAAUCACUCAAAGGUUUUCACAAUUCUCCAGUGGAAGUAAACCACAGACUACAAGGGAGUUUCACAGCUAUUAAAACCGGGGCUCCACAGUUGAGAGGUAGCUUUGCAGUUUGUGGAGGUUUAUUUUUCAUGACUGACUGCAUUAUGGUUCAAGCCAGAAGGAAAGAUUCCUGGAACUCCAUCACAAGUGUUGCCUUAACAGGAGCCAUACUGUCAGCAAGAGAUGGAUCAGUGGCCAUCGUUGGGUCCGCAGUGAUGGGUGGCAUUCUAGUUUUAAUUAUAGGACCUGGUAUCUUGUUGAUAAGAUUUAUCUCUGCAUGA